AUGAAAUCCUGUUUUGUUCCAAUACCAAGGUUUAAUGAACGUGGUGGAUACUAUUCUAUGUUAGAUACAGUUUCUAGACUAGGUCGAAUAGCAGCUUACAUGAGAGUUUUUCGCAGAUAUAUUAAAGCCCCAAAUGGUUUGUCCGAUUUUUCAAAACUAUUUCCUGAUUAUGAAUUUGAGUUAGAUUCAAAAAUAAUGGAAUCAUGUACAGAGCAUAUAUGGAUUUGUGUUGAUACAAUCUCAAAAGCAAUUGAAUCAAGGGCUAGUAUUUUUUUUCAUGUAGAUCCAACAAACGAUAUAGAAACAUUUGAUUUAAAUGAAGAAAUUAUAACAGAAAAACUUACAAAUAAUAUGUUUGAACAAGAUUAUACUAUAGCAUAUAUAUUAUGUUUUUUGACGACAAACAGAAGUCCCUGUUUAAAACAUUUACCAUUUUGUAAAUAUAGAGUAGAUUCUAAAUACAAUAAGUGGCCAACAAAAGCAUUCAAUUUUAAAAAUAAGCAUUUUGUAAGAGAUGAAUUUUUCUAUAACUAUUUUGGUCAACAUGAACCAAUUGAUACAUUAGGAGAAUUUGAACCAUGGAAAUGUGCAGAGGAAAGCUUUUGUCCAGAUCCAUGUUGUGGAAGAUGGGAAAAGAGAAGUGAAACUUGCAUUGCGUUAGAUAGAUGUCCUACACAAAAAGAUGGAGAUUCUCUUAUAGUGAAACAUUGCGAACUUUUUACAUUAUUAAAUCGUAAUUUUGAAGAUAUUGUUAAAAAUAAUUGGAAUACAACUUGCAGUUGUCAAAAAGGAAAAUAUGAAUAUGAUUUGGAUCUUCAGAUAUGUGUUGAUAUAGACGAAUGCCAAAAAGAAGUAGGAAGAUGUGGAAGAAAUCAAGAAUGUGUUAAUUAUAUAGGUAGUUAUGCUUGUCUUUGUCGUUUAGGGUUUAUAAAAACAAAAAAUGGAAGUUGUAUUGCGAAUCAUAAUGUACGUAAAAAUGAUUGGCAUAGUCAUAACUAUUCACCAUUACAAACAAAUAAUUAUUCAUAA